AUGUCGGCAGACCUGCCCAUGCAUCGAACCUCCGCCUCCGCCUCCGAUCGGCGCUCCGGCCCCCUGGCGGCGCCCCAUCCCUCCUCUCUCGACAUUCCUAAGCGCUACGGAGGCGGCUCCGUCUUCGACUUGUAUGCCCUCGUUUACGUCUCCGAUCCCGACUCGAGCCUGCUGUGCCCCAUUUGCCACGACCCCCUCGUCGAUCCCGUCACGACUCCGUGCGACCACACCUUUUGCUACCGAUGCCUGCGACGCAGCAUAGCCUCCAGCCCCUCGGGCACCACCUGCCCCAUCGAUCGGGACUUUCUCUCCUGGCUCGACUGCUUCAGCGCCGCCAGGCUGAUCCACAACCAGCUCAACGGCCUCGUUGUCAGGUGCCCGUACCAUGGCCGGGGCUGCAGCCGGGAGCUCAGGCGCGAGGCUGUUGAGAGCCACGCCAUGACCGAGUGCCGAUACAAGGACUAUUCGUGCCCCGACACCGACUGCGACAAGAAGAUGUCCUACAAACCCAGGGACGAUGUGUGUCCCCACAAGGAAAAGAAGAGCUGCCCCCACUGCGACGUGAGGACAGUAGAGGCCGAGCUCGACGCACAUUUCCUCUCAUGCCCAGGCGCCAAGACCCGUUGUCUGGGCUGCUGGCAGCUCAUGCGCCGGUCGCAGAUGGACGCCCAUCGGGAGCUCGAGUGCGAUGGGAUCGAGGUUCCCUGCCCCCACCAGGACGUGGGCUGCUCCGUGCGGACCAUGCGCGGAGAGAUGAGCUCUCACUCUCGCAUGUGUGCCUUUCACCCCGACACUCCCUCGGGAAUUGUCAUCAGGGCGCAGCGAGACCUCAUCCAGUCCUACGGCGACCUGGGAAGCCAGCUGCGAGAGGUCAAGGCCCGACAAGCUGAGAGCGACCGCCGUAUCGACGAGUUGGCCGUGACCCGCCGUCACCUGGGCACCGACUCCAUCGCCAACGACAACCGCACCAUGCAAGACCUGGACGCCGGGUUCGAGGAGGUGCACCAGAACCUGACGCAGCUCGAGGCGCGGCAGAGCAUGUGGACGCUGAACCAGGUGAUGCCGAUCCGCGAGGAGGUGACAGAGCUCCGCAACAACAUUAACAUGAUACGCAUGCACGUCAACUGGCUGCUCAACAGGAGCCGCGAGGAGGGCCGCACCAGGGCCGCCAACAAUACGGGUUCCUCGGCCAGCAUCCGGCGUGUCGACAGCACUGGCGAGGCGGCCCCCGUGCUGCCGGAGAGGAGGCGGUCGUCGGGGACCGAGAUGGAUUUGCCGCGACUGUAA